GAACGCCUUUAAUUAUACCAAUCAACCUGCUAUCGAUUGUCAGAUGAUCCUCGUUUUUUCCACUUCCGCUUGGCAGUAUAAUACUUCAUGCAAUAACACGUUCUUGAGAAGUUCUCGACUAACCAACAUUCGUUUCUUAGUGUUUCCUCGGAAUUAUCAGAAUGAGGGUUCGGUUCCCUUUGCUGUUUCUGGUUUUUCUUUCUUGUAUGUACGUAACUCGGGUUUGGUGACGCUUUCGGUUGGCAUCUGUGGAUCAUGUGCAAGUUCCUCGACAUCAUCCAAUUCUAGAUUGUUCUCGACAAGCCCAAACAAUUAUGACUCUGGAAACACACAUGCUAAAGACAAUCUAA